AUGACGAAGAUCCGGAAACCUAAAAUGCUGGAGUCAUCACAGUCUUUGGUAGUGAAGUUACCAAAUGGGGAGACUGUGUGGUGUUCAAAGGUUACCCUAGGUUUUCCUCUAGUUAUUAAUGGAAUGACUCUUAAGGCAGAUUUGAUAAGGUUUAAAUUACUUGAGUUUGACAUUAUUCUAGGAAUGGAUUGGUUAUAUCAGCAUUUUGCCAAGAUUAAUUGUCGUAGUCGAAUAGUUAGUUUCCAACUACCUAGGGGAAAGUAUUUAGAGCUUGCAGGAAGUAAGAUAAAGGUGAAACCUACAGUUAUAUCUGCCAUUCAAGCAAGCAGGGACUUAGCUAAUGGGGCGGAUGCCUUCUUGAUUCAAGUGGUGUCUGUACUUUCGGAAAAGAAAUCUUUAGCAGAUAUUCCGAUUGUGAAGGAGUUCUCUGAUGUGUUUGUGGAUGAUUUGCCCAGCUUGCCACCUGGUCGUGAUUUGGAGUUCACCAUUGAUCUAGAAUCUGGUGCGGCACCAGUUCAUAAGGCCCCGUACCUAAUGGCGCCAGAGGAAUUAAAAGAGCUGAAAAGUCAAUUGCAUGAAUUGAUUGACUUAAAGUCAGGAUACUAUCAAUUGAGGAUAAAGGAUCAGGAUAUACCUAAGACUGCAUUUAGGUCUAGGUAUGGGCAUUAUGAGUUUAAAGUGAUGCUUUUUGGAUUAGCCAAUGCCCCUGCAGCAUUUAUGGAUAUGAUGAAUAGAGUAUUUCGACCCUAUUUAGAUUCCUUUGUGAUAGUUUUUAUUGAUGAUAUUUUGGUCUAUUCUCGAGAAUCGGAAGAGCACACCGUCACCUUCGAUUGGUUUUGGAUUAAAUUUCUUGGUCUUGUCAUGUCCCGAGAUGGAGUAGCAGUUGAUCCAAGUAAAGUGGAAGCUAUCUUGGCAUGGCCACGUCCUUCAACGGUACACGAAAUUUGGAGUUUCUUGGGACUUGCCGAUUACUAUCGUAGGUUUGUGGAAGGCUUUGCUCGAUUGUCUGGACCUCUCACUACUCUUACCAGGAAAAAUGUGGAGUUUGUUUGGUCCGGCAAAUGCGAGAAGAGUUUUCAAGAGUUGAAGAAGAGGUUAACUACAACACCUAUUUUGGCACUUCCAGAACCUCAUAAGCCAUUUGUGGUUUUUAGUGAUGCUUCCAAAUUUGGUUUGGGAUGUGUUCUUAUGCAGGAGGGAAGAGUUGUGGCAUAUGCAUCCCGCCAAUUGAAAGAUCAUGAGAAGAAUUAUCCCACGCACGACUUGGAGUUAGUAGUUGUGGUUUUCGCUCUCAAGAUUUGGAGGUACUAUUUAUAUGGGGAGACUUGUGAAAUCUACAUUGAUCAUAAGAGUCUUAAACAUAUUUUCUCGCAGAAAAGUCUUAACAUGAGACAGAGGAGAUGGUUAGAGCUAAUAAGUGAUUAUCAGUGUGAGAUUAAGUACCACCCAGGAAAAGCAAAUCAGGUUGCAGAUGUGCUCAGUCGGAAGUCUUAUUCAGUUGAUGAGGCUGAGACACUAGGGUUAGACUCUCUUCUUUUUGGUAUGAGGAGACUUCUUGCUGAGAGUUCACAGCAGGAAGAGGUUAAAGCUGAGCAACAGAGGCCUGCUGGCUAUCUUCAACCACUCCCUAUUCCCGAAUGGAAAUGGGACGACAUCGCAAUGGACUUUAUAAUUGGACUACCAAGGACGCCUAGUGGGAAGAAUUCAAUCUGGGAUGAAGUUGGCGAAGGGAAUCUACUUGGACCAGAAAUUGUUCAGGAGAUGAGGAAUCAGGUUAAAGUUAUAAGAGACAAGAUGGCAGCUGUGCAGAGUCAUCAGAAAAGCUAUUCGGACACGAGGAGAAGAGAUCUAUUAUUUGAGGAAGGUGAUUGGAUUCUGGAGAAGGUUGGACCUGUUGCUUACCAUAUUGCCUUGCCAGAAUAUUUUGGAGAGAUUCAUGAUGUUUUCCACGUGCCAUCAUUAAAGAAGAACUUUGGACAGCAAGAGCCACGUCUCGUUGACCCAGGAAGCAUUCAACUCCGGCCUGAUCUCACGUAUGAAGUUGUUCCAACUUAG